ACGCUCAUUGAAAAGAGGCCUGCGGGCAUUGGGUAGCAGCCAUAUUGGCUUGGCUAUGACUGUCGUGUCAGAGUGAUAGUUGACCGUGAACGUAAAAAAGUGGGGUAGUUUAUUUAUUUUUUAUUUUGUUGGUUGUUAAUAAACAAACUCCCCUGUAUGUGUAAUUAUUGAAUAAAGCCAAAAGUUCGUUAAAAUGGAAGAGACAAAGAUAAUAUAUCACAUUGACGACGAGGAAACGCCUUAUUUAGUUAAGCUCACAAUAUCACCGGAGCGUGUGACACUCGCUGACUUUAAAAAUGUAUUGAAUCGUCCGAAUUACAAGUUCUUCUUCAAGUCUAUGGACGAUGACUUUGGUGUUGUCAAGGAAGAGAUAAUCGACGACGAUGCACACCUACCAUGCUUCAAUGGACGUGUUGUCUCUUGGCUGGUGUCGGCUGAGGGUAGCAAUGUCUCGGAUGGUGCAUCCCAAUGCACAGAUUCAGUGGCCCAUAGUGAGGCCAAACACGACAGGGUAGAUCAUGUGCCACCGGGUAUCACAAGUCGUGGUCCACCUGCACUAUCACACGACGAUACAUUGACUGAAACUGAAAGUAUUAUAAGCAGCAGACAGGGUCACCAUUUGCACAAAAAUACAAAGCACCAUUCAGAUAAAUAUGAAAAAUAUAAUAAGUACAAUGGACUGCGCAUUAACGGGCACUCGAAGCACCGUUCUGGUCAUGGAUACGAGACUGCCUCAAUCCUAUCCUCCGAUUUGGAGACAACGACUUUUUUGGAGUCUGAUGACGAUGCCAGCAGUCGUAUAACAUCAACUACUGGUCGACACACAAACAUGAGUAGUACGAUCGAACGUGCCACCCUAGAUCGUCGCAGACCCCAGAGACGACGACGACACAGAUUACCUCCAAUGUCACGAACAUCAUCAUUCAGCAGUAUCACAGACAGCACAAUGUCACUAAACAUAAUAACAGUAUCAUUGAACAUGGAUACUGUCAAUUUCCUCGGGAUUAGUAUUGUGGGACAGAGCAAUAGCGGUGGGGAUGGUGGUAUAUACGUUGGCUCCAUUAUGAAGGGGGGCGCGGUGGCUCUUGAUGGUAGGAUAGAGCCUGGUGAUAUGAUUCUCCAGGUGAAUGACAUUAAUUUUGAGAAUAUGUCAAAUGAUGAGGCAGUCAGGGUACUUCGAGAAGUAGUUCAGAAGCCAGGGCCUAUUAAAUUAGUAGUAGCCAAAUGUUGGGAUCCCAAUCCAAAGGGCUAUUUCACUAUUCCACGUACAGAACCAGUACGUCCAAUCGAUCCGGGGGCUUGGGUCGCUCACACCGCUGCUAUUCGUGGUGAGGGCUUUCCUCCACGUCCACCCAGUGCCACCACCCUCACAUCGACAUCCAGCAGUCUUGCCAGCACACUUCCAGAUACUGAACGCCCUCUGGAGGAAUUACGCCUGAGCAUCAAUACAGACAUGCCAACGAUAGUCCGAGCAAUGGCACGACCUGACUCUGGUCUGGAGAUUAGGGAUCGUAUGUGGCUGAAAAUAACAAUUCCAAAUGCAUUUAUCGGUGCAGACGUUGUCGACUGGUUGAAUACCCACGUCGAAGGUUUUAUCGAUCGUCGUGAUGCACGAAAGUAUGCCUCGUUGAUGUUGAAAGCCGGCUUUAUCAGGCACACCGUUAAUAAGAUAACAUUUUCGGAACAAUGCUAUUACAUUUUCGGGGAUUUGUGCUCGACAAUGGCCAAUAUGAAAUUGGAUAGUGAUACAGUGGCACCACUACCACCACCUGGUUGGGAUGUCAUGUAUUCAGGACCCUAUGCCCCACACUCAGCCGCUGGGUACAGCCCAAUGCCAUUCAAUUUCACUAAUGAACCCACUGUCUAUGGAUAUCAUCGUGAAGAAAGUGUUCACAGUGAGUCAGGUGGAAGUAGUGCCGGCAGCGAACACAUCUGCAAGGAGCCUAUUCACGAUUUGAAAUCCUGUUCUUCAGCGUCUGAAACGGACUUACAUAUGCCACCGAAUGUGCCCAGUAAGAAUUCAGGAAAUGGUAAUGGAUCCAAUGGAAAGAGAUCAAAUGGCAGUCGUAGCAGAUCAAGUGGUUCCGAGCAGUCUGUACAAACGGGAACUGGCUCUACUAAUCAGCAGAAUCAGCAAGAUAUAUCCGGUAGUAGACAGUCAUUUAGAAUUGCGAUGGGAAAUCCAUGUGAAUUUUUUGUUGAUGUCAUGUAGAUUUUUUUUUUCUCAUUUUUUACCCUUUUGUAAAUACUUUAUUUUUAUUAUGAAGAAUAGGAAUGUCGAUGUUUUUUCGGAUUCUUGGUAGCAUGAAGUAUGUAGAGAUGUCUCCAGACUGGGUAGAGAUUAUUUUCAUAGUUGUGUGGGAAAUGAAGAUGAGUCAGAAUUUUGGUGGGUGGAAUUUCACCUGAGUAAUGUGCAAUUGGGAUAAAAAUGUGAAUUGAUUCAUCUUCAUGCUCUCGUCAGACUUCUAUUUCUCAGAGAAAAAUGAAUUGUAAACCCAUAUAUUUUUUUAUCGAUUAUUAAGGGAAUUUUUCAUUGGCGUAUGGUUAAUGCUUGAUCCUGGUCUCAACAAUUAUUUCGUUUUUUUUUUUUGGUUUAGAGAGCUGGAUACGCUGAUCCUAAGGCAAUUAUGGUACAGUGCACGUUAUUGGGAUGCAUGCUUUAUAAACUUCCAUUCUCACAGAUAUUCUUGAAGAACUUAGCCAUAAGAAUUCCUCCAAAUAAUUUUCUAUUUCAUAGCACAAUCACAGAAAAUCACAUUUUUUCGUAGAUUAUGGGCAUGACUAUUGUCACACGACUGAAUGGUUACGGACUCUUUCACCGCAUGAGCAGUCAAGUUAUUAUGUGUAAUGAAAAAUUCAUUUUUACAAGAUGUCGCCAAUUAAUGUAAUCCAUUGCUUGCAUUUUAGGAUUGUCUACGACAAUGGGGCAGCUAUUUCUUUAAAAAAGCAAAAAAAAAAGUCUAAAAACAAAGUCAACGGGAGAUAAUUUCAAGUGAAAUCGAAUUUUAUCGCCUGCCUCCUGUUCCAAAAAAUACAGAAAAGAAAAUAAUAAAACGAUUAAUUUUGUUUGUUUGUUUCUUUCACUCGGCUACUACAUAUUUGAGCAGUCAUAACGAGUUAGGUAUGAGCAUGUAAUGCUUUACUGAUAGAAUCGUUAACGGGGUACGUAAGGUUAAUUAUUGUAGAGAAUUAUAAUUAUAUAAUACUCGUAUAUAGAGUCGUCAUUAGGAACGUGCCAAACGUGGUGUCUCAUUAUUCAAACUGCUGUAUACAGAAUGGCAUAAUUUUCAAUGGAAAUCAAGAGGAAUGAACGAGAAUGAUGUAAAUAUAAACUAUACGAAGAAAUCAACAAACAAAAAAAUAACAUAACGCUCAAAAUUAAAAAGAAAAGAAUGAUAACAAAAAAAAGUGCCAUCAAAGAAUUUUCGUAUUCAACGCGAAUAACACUGAUUUUUUCUAUGUCACCUGAAAACAAUUUUUAUUGACUAUUUAUACAAAAAGUAUUGAUAAAAAUCAACAAAAAAAAAGGGGAGAAAUUGUGGAGGAAGCACUGAAUGUUUCAGGUUGUACGGACUGCGUCAUUGUUAUUCCGUUGUUUUUUUUUUAAUUAUUAUUAUCAGUUGUCGUCUGAUAUUUACUAUUAAGUCGCUUCAAAAGACGUUUUAAUUGUUAUAUUAACAAAACAAACGAAAACUAAUUUCUAGUUAUUUCCAUCGUACAGUUAGUUUUGGUGAAGAACUAAGAAAUUAAAUAUGCGUGAUUGAAAAGGUAUAAACUGUAAUCUUAGGUUCUAACCGCAUUUGGAGGUACACAGAGUUUGCUAUUAUUGUAAGAUAUCGAAGAAAUUAUUAUUUCAAUGUACAAAAAUGUUUUUUUUUAACGAAUUUUCAUUUAGUGAAACGCAUCGAUGGUGUUAAGUUAACGAGAGAUUAAGCAAAAAUGAAUGAAUGCCCUGUAAUGUCGUACAAUACAAUUUUUAGAAAUUAUUACUUGACAAAAAAAAAGACUUGGCAGCCUUG